GUUGCCAACCGCCCUAAAACCGACAAGAAGAAGACCCUGGGCUACUCCCCCAGACACCUGUUGCACAUCAGGGGGACAAACAGGUAGGAACGCAGCUCCGGGAUCACUAGGGAGGGCGGUGAUGAUGAGUCGAGAGGGGGUGGCUCCCGGCGCCGGUGCGAACCAAUCAGCGCCGUGGGAGCGCUGUCACCGUGCCAGCUGACACUCAGGUCAGAGCCCGAGCAGUUUGUGGAGGGACUUCUGCUAUCAGAGGGCGAGGAAAAGUUUUGACAAGUGGACCUGCGGGCGGUUUUCUUUCGACAGCUGCGACGGUAGAUCUGCUCUCUUCCAGUCUAAUGAAACGCUUCCCUGUGCGGGUGAGAGGCUGUACGAUCUUCGGCAGUGUUCUGAGACUGUACGGCACCAAUCCCCUUUCUCCUGCUGCGGGCUCCCCAGCCUAGAUUCCCGGACUAAUCCGAGUGGUUCUCUGCUUCAUGGCAUGAUCCGGCACUAGGCUCCUUCUGACCUGCGCAUUUGGGUCUAAUACCGGCUUUUUUUUUUUUUUUUUUUUUUCCAAAAUCAAUAACAAACUUCUAUUGACUCAAAAGUUGGACUCAGACUGAAGGAGUUACAGCACUGCGACUGAGAUUACCUGCAAACAUGACGGCAGAUAAGGAGAAAAAGAGGAGCAACUCAGAGCGGCGUAAGGAGAAGUCACGUGAUGCGGCGCGCUGCAGGCGCAGCAAAGAGACAGAGGUGUUCUACGAGCUGGCCCACCAACUGCCCCUGCCUCACAGCAUCAGCUCCCACCUGGACAAGGCCUCCAUCAUGAGGCUGGCCAUAAGCUUCCUGCGCACACGCAAGCUGCUCACUACAAGCCAUAGAAGCUGUGACGGCGAGGAGGACAGGUUCAUGGACAAUCUGUACCUGAAGUCUCUGGAGGGCUUCAUCACAGUGGUAACGUCAGAUGGCGAUAUGAUCUUCCUGUCCGAGAACAUCAACAAAUUCAUGGGCCUCACGCAGGUGGAGCUCACAGGUCACAGCAUCUUUGACUUUACCCACCCAUGUGACCACGAGGAGAUCAGGGAAAACCUUAGCCUGAAGUCAGCAGGGAGCUUCCGUAAAAAAGGCAAAGACCAGAGCACAGAGCGAGACUUCUUCAUGAGGAUGAAAUGCACAGUGACCAACAGAGGACGCACCGUAAACCUCAAGUCAGCAAGCUGGAAAGUGCUGCACUGCACCGGCCAACUUAAGAUGUACGACAGCUGCCCAUCGCGGGUUCUCUGCAGCUACAAGGAGCCUCCGCUCACCUGCGCCGUCCUGAUGUGCGAACCCAUCCCGCACCCGUCCAACAUCGAUGCGCCGCUGGACAGCAGGACGUUCCUGAGCCGACACAGCAUGGACAUGAAGUUCAGCUACUGUGAUGAAAAAGCUUUGGGCUGCCUUGGAGUUUUGGGAUCCUACGCUUUUGGACUGGAAAUUGGCAACCUGGAGCUGUAG